AUGUCUCACUAUCUCCUCAAGUCAGAGCCACUGCCGCGCCUAGAGGACGGCGUGGACGUGUCCUUCCCCUUUUCGCGCCUCCUCACCUCGCCCGAUCAGUCCACCACCUGGGACGGCGUACGCAACCCACGCGCAGGAAAGACGCUCAAAGGCAUGAAAGUCGGCGAUGAGGCAUUUUGGUACCACAGUAAUACAAAGCUGCCCGAGAUUGUGGGGGUAGUCAAGGUCACUGUGGACGGGGAGAAUCAGCCCGAUACGACGGCUUUUGAGCAGUCAAGUCCAUACUAUGAUGCCAAGUCAUCGAGAGAGAAGCCACGCUGGUUCAUGCCAACAGUAAAGCAUGCCUAUCCACUCAAGCACUCCCUUCCUCUCUCCCUGCUGCAACACCUCACUUCCUCCUCCCUUACUCCCAACCAACGGCAAGAUCUCUCCUACCUCUCCGACACCCAGCUGCGCUCCAUAGGCGAGAUGGACCUCCUCCGUCUUGGCAGACUGAGCGUGCAGACGGUCAGCCAGGAGGCUUGGACAGCGCUUAGCUUGAUGGGGGACAAGGGAGGAUGGGGGGAGUGGAAGGGGAAAUGGAAUCCUGGGAGUCAGGGUAAAGAGAAGAAGGCGGAGGGUGAUGGACACGUCAAAGUGGCUGCAAAGAGGAGGAAAGUAGAUGAAGAGGCGGAGGCCGAGGGAGCAAAGCCCGCAGCACCGAAGACGAGCUCUACGCUAGGGCGUCAGAGCAAGGCCAAGAUGGCAAAACCAGAGAGUGCUGCGUCCUCUGCAAAGUCCGACACAAGAAGGAAGAGCCAACGGAUAGCCAAACAACAGUAG